GGCCCCUUCCAGCUGCUGCUUGCCAUGCCGCCAUGUGGCAGCUUCUGGUGCUGGGCACCUGCGCCUACGCGUCGGAGCAGGCGGAGGUCUUCGGCUGGACGGGGGGCGGCAUCGAUCGACUCCGCUUCUUCAAGGAGCGGCUGGGCUUUGAAGCCAACAGCAUCGUGGACGUGGGUGCGCACGUUGGCAAUUGGACCCGGGAGGCCCGGCAAGUCUUCCCUUCAGCACGCUUCUUGAUGAUUGAGGCGAAUGCUCUCCAUCGCCCAGAGCUUCAGCGGGUGGGUGUGCCCUUCGAGAUCGCCCUUCUGACGGCUCAGGGUAACCAGUCGCUGCGCUUUCACAGUACUAGGUAUCCUCUUACCACUGGCGCCUCCAUCUUUCGCGAGCGGAGCGAUCUGUACAUGGACCCGCGCCUGUCCGAGACUUUGCUGAUACGGAGCCGCACGCUUGAUGACGUUGUGAAGCCUUAUUUCCCGGCAUGCUGCGACCUCAUCAAGGCGGACGUGCAGGGCGCAGAGCUGGAGCUGCUGCUGGGGGGCCUGCGAAGCCUGCAAAGGGCGCAGCUGGUGCUGCUCGAGGCGCCAGUGCUCCCGUACAACGAGGGUGCUCCUCGCUUCUCUGACUUGAUCGCGUUCAUGGCCUCCAAGGGUUUUGAGGUGGUGGACGUGGCAGACGCCACCUAUGCGGAGGGCGUCAGCCGCGUGCUGCACCUGGAUUUGCUCUUUGCACCGCGGCACUCCCGCUUGCUGCGGCUGCCUUUGCCCGGAGGCAUCCGCCCUGCCUGACGCUGCCA